GGAUUGAUAAAAGCUAAACAUAAAUCAGUGGUCGUAUCAAGAUUUAUUGUGUUAAAAAUGUGAACUUAGAUACCGUUACCUUUAUUUACUCAAAACACAAAAAAAAAUCAAAUCAAACAUACGAGAUAAGCGUCAAGCAGGGAUAGGAAAAGCGUUUUUAACCGAUGUUGUCAUGAAGUAAAUAAGAAAGUGAUAUACUCAAUGUACUGGUUUUAUAGAAAAUGCAAACAAUUAGUGAAGUUAAAGUACACAGUUUGAAUACAGUGUCAUGUUAGGAGUGGAAAUAUUGCAUAGUGACCACAAUUCGGAGCUUUCACCAGAAAACCACUACACCAGAAUGAUGAUAUGGAGACCGUUGUUACGUUUUAUAAGAACACAUACCCUACUACUACAUGUCACAAAUACAUCCAACAAGUUUCGAAUUCAGCCAUAUUUGGCACUUAGAGUUACAACGAUAUCUGUGCUUCUUUUCUUGUUCAUACUGUUUAUAAAUCAAGAUUCGGAUGAACACGAAACGAUUUUUGUGACUCAGAGACCGUUUUUCGUCAAAAGAGAAGACUUGCAGUUUCUAAGAAACCAAGAAAAGUGCACGAAUGAAACCUUCUUGAUGAUUUAUAUUCAUUCAAAACCUGACAAUGCCGAAAGAAGGCGCAUGAUACGAAACACAUGGGGAUCACGUGAUAUUUUGGAAAAACACCACGCGAGAUUAAUUUUUGUAACAGGUGAAGUUGCAGACGAAAAUUUACAAAUUUUUCUUGACUUUGAAAAUGAAUUACAUAAAGAUAUUAUUCAAGUAAACUUUAUUGAUUCUUAUAGAAACCUGACAUAUAAAGCAAUUUCUGGAUUAAAAUGGGUGACUGAAAAUUGUCAAAAUGCUACAUUUGUUCUAAAGACAGACGAUGACAUAAUAGUUGACAUAAACACAGUAGUAACUUUAAUGAUGUCAGAUAAUGAUAACAGAUGGCAAAAGACGAAUCUUCUUGCUUGCCAUAUUUGGAAACACAUGGAUGUCGAUAGAAAUAAGAGCAGUAAGUGGUACACAUCUUAUGACGAGUAUCCAGACGACUUCUACCUCAGCUAUUGCUCUGGCUCAGCAUUUAUCAUGAGUUAUGAUGUAGUUAAGAAAUUUUAUUUGAAAUCUCACGAGACUCCAUUCUUUUGGGUUGAUGAUUAUUACGUCACAGGCAUGUUGGCUCUCGCUACUAACGUCACCCCUGUCCCACUGAAUGAAAGAUACAGUGUUUUAAAAACUGCAGAUCUGCGAAAAGAGCUGCCCAGCAAUGCAAGUCUAACAUUUAUUCACUCUCCUGAUACAAAUACAUCUUCGUAUGUUUGGCAAAACUAUCUAGGAAGAAAGGGACAAACACUGAAAAAGCAAACCAUGUAGGAUUGGGACAACAUGUGCCAUCAGUCUUUUAUGUAAAUUUGUGUUUUAUAAUAAAGAGUGAUACUGUU